CAGGUCUGCUGGGUGUCCUGGAAGAGAUGCGAGAUGAUUGCUUAGGACAGUUGAUCACAUGGACCCAGGCUUUGUGCAGGGGAUACCUCAGGAGACUUGAGCUGAAAAGAAUGUUCGACCAAAGAGAGUCCAUCCUCUGCAUCCAGUACAACAUCCGUGCAUUCAUGAAAGUCAAGCAGUGGCCCUGGAUGAAGCUGUACUUCAAGUUAAAACCUCUCUUGAAAAGUGUGGAAACUGAAAAAGAAAUGGCCACAAUGAAAGAAGAGUUUGAGAGAACAAAAGAAGAACUGGCUAAAUCAGAAACCAAGAGGAAAGAACUAGAAGAGAAAAUGGUGAUUCUGGUGAAAGAGAAAAAGGAUCUGCAGCUGAAAGUACAGACGGAAAAUGAAAAUUUGGCUGAUGCUGAAGAAAGAUGUGACCAGCUGAUCAAAGCAAAAUUCCAGCUGGAAGCAAGAAUAAGGGAGAUAAUGGAAAAGCUGGAGGAUGAAGAGGAGAUAAAUGCUGAUCUGGCAGCCAAAAAGAGGAAACUGGAGGAUGAAUGCUCUGAGCUGAAGAAAGAUUUUGAUGACCUAGAGUUAACAUUGUUCGAGGCUGAAAAGGAAAAGCAUACCACAGAAAACAAGGUGAAAAAUCUGACUGAAGUAGUGACAGGUUUGGAUGAGACUGUUGCAAAGUUAGUCAAGGAGAAGGCGGCUCUGCAAGAAGCCCAGCAACAGGCUCUGGAUGACCUGCAAAUUGAGGAGGACAAAGUUAAUAACCUCACCAAAGCCAGAAUCAAGCUGGAGCAGCAAGUGAACCACGUUGAAGGAUCUUUAGAACUGGAAAGAAAAGUGUGUGUGGAUCUUGAACGAGCAAAGAGAAAGCUUGAGGGAGACUUGAAACUUGCACAGGAAACCAUAGUGGAUCUGGAGAAUUAUAAACAACAUUUAGAUGAAAAAUUAAGGAAGAAAGACUUUGAUUUUAACCAGAAGCAAAAUAAAAUUGUGGAACAGCAGAAUUCAGGUACUCAAUUGCAGAAGAAGAUCAGAGAAUUGCAGGCCCAUGUUGCAGAGCUGGAGGAGGAGACUAUGAGUGAGAAAGCGACACGGGCAAAAGCAGAGAAGCAUCAUGGUGAGCUGGCUCAGGAACUUGAGCAAAUCAGAGGAAGCCUUGAAGAGGCUGGAGGAGCCACCACUGCUCAAACAGAACUUAACAAGAAGCGGGAGGCAGAAUUCCAGAAGAUGCGCCGGGACCUCGAAGAGGCCACGCUGCAGCACGAAGCCACGGCUGCAGCCCUGCGCAAGAAGCACGCGGACAGCACGGCUGAGCUGGGGGAGCAGAUCGACAACCUGCAGCGCGUCAAGCAGAAGCUGGAAAAGGAGAAGAGCGAGCUCAAGAUGGAGAUUGAUGACUUGGCCAGGAGUACAAAGACCAUUACAAAGUCCAAGGCUAAUCUGGAAAAAAGGUAUCGGACCCUGGAAGACCAGAUGAGUGAGAUGAAAGCCAAAUCUGAAGAGAACCAGAGGAAUUUGAAUGAGAUGGUGAUACAAAAAGCCCAGCUCCAGACAGAGUCUGGGAAAAGGAAUGAGGAGCAGGAAGCCAAGGGGGAGCUGCAGCGCGCCCUGUCCAAGGCCAACAGCGAAGUGGCCCAGUGGAGAACCAAAUACGAGACGGACGCGAUUCAGCGCACGGAGGAGCUCGAGGAGGCCAAGAAAAAACUUGCUCAGCGUCUCCAGAAAGCAGGAGAACAGGCAGGGACUGUGAAUUCCAAGUGUGCCUCCUUGGAGAAGAUGAAUUUGAAGUUGCAAGGGGAGGUGGAGGAUCUGACGCUGGACGUAGAGAGAGCAAACACAUCAGCAGCUGCCCUGGACAGGAAACAGCAGAACUUUGAUAAGGUCAUGGCAGAAUGGAAGGGGAAGUAUGAGGAAAGCCAGCUGGAGCGGGAAGCUCUCUCUAAAGAAUCGUGCUCGCUGGACACGGAGCUUUUCAAAGUGAAAAAUGCCUACAAGGAAAACUUAGAUCAGCUUGAAACAAUCAAACGGGAGAACCACACUCUCAAGCAGGAAGUAGCUGAUCUGACAGAGCAAAUUACUGCAAAUGGCAAAAUGAUCAGAGACCUUGAGAAAGCAAAAAAGCAAGUUGAAGUAGAAAAAAAUGGGCUGCGAUUAGCUCUGGAGGAGGCAGAGGCAGCUCUUGAGCAUGAAGAGGUCAAAAUCCUUGCUGUCAACCAAGAACUGACUCAGAUUAAGACAGAGAUCAACAGAAAGAUUGCUGACAAGGAUGAGGAGAUCAACCAGUUAAAAAAGAACCAUGAAAGGACUGUGGAGACAAUGCAGGGUGUUCUGGAUGCUGAGAUUAGGAGCAGAAGUGAAUCUUUAAGGCUGAGGAAGAAGAUGGAGGGAGACCUGAAUGAAAUGGAGAUCCAGCUCAGCCAUGCCAACCGCCAGGCUGCAGAGGCACAGAAACACCUGCACAGCAUCCAGGGAGCUCUCAAGGACACCCAGAUCCAUUUGGACGACGCUCUCAGGACCCAGGAUGACCUGAAGGAGCAGGUGGCCAUGGUGGAGCGCAGAGCAAACCUGCUGCAGGCUGAAGUUGAGGAGCUACGGGCAGCCCUGGAGCAGACGGAGCGGUCGAGGAAAGUGGCUGAGCAGGAGCUCCUGGAUGCAAGUGAACAUGUGCAGCUCCUCCAUACCCAGAACACCAGCCUUUCUAAUACAAAGAAGAAGCUUGAAACUGAUAUGGCACAAAUCCAAAGAGAGAUAGAGGAUGUUACUAAUGAAUCAAAAAGUGCUGAAGAAAGAGCAAAGAAGGCAAUGACAGAUGUGGCCGUGAUGGCAGAAAAGCUGAAGAAGGAGCAGGACACCAGUGCCCACCUGGAGAGGAUGAAGAGGAACCUGGACCAGACGGUGAAGGACCUGCAGCACCGUGUGGAUGAGGCCGAGCAGUUGGCCCUGAAGGGAGGCAAGAAGCAAAUCCAGAAGCUGGAGGCCAGGAUCCAAGAAUUAGAAGCUGAGCUGGAAGAAGAACAUAAACAAUCUGCAGAGGCUACGAAAAACAUCUGCAAAUAUGAGCGGCAUGUCAAAGAGCUCACUCUCCAGAAUGAAGAACACAGGAAGAACAUGAUGAUGUUACAAGAUCUGGUAGAUAAAUUGCAGAUGAAAAUCAAAUCCUACAAAAGACAAGCUGAGGAAGCUGAUGAACAGGCCAAUAUUAAUCUCUCCAAACUGAGAAAAGCACAACAUAAGAUAGAUGAGGCUGAGGAAAGGGUAGCUAUUGCUGAGAGCCAAGUAAACAAGCUCAGAGCCAAAGCCCGAGAAGGCCCUGCUACAAAGGUGGUGUUAGGAACUGAAAAAUGAGCUUCCUCUGGGAUAACC